AUAGCUAGGCUGUUAUCACUGCAAAUAUUCUGAGACGAACGGUUGGAGCCCGGCGAUAAUAAUUUAAAACUACCUUUUCAACAAGACGCACCUGAAAAGUCGCCGGGAAAAUCGCUGCGCGAAAUACGUUGCUUAAUUGUAAAAUAUUUCCAGGAUGAUAUUCUAAUAGAGAUUCCGCAAGCCCAGCUUGUGCGGGUAUCCGAAAAAAAAAGGAAAAACAGUCGCGGCGCGAUGUUAAAUGAUUUUUUGGCCAAAAGCGUUUGGUAAACAAAGUCGCUGAUAAGAUAUUUAAUAGCAAAUAGCGCGAAUCUGUCGUUUGCCCAGGCCCGUGUGAAAAGUGUAUCUGCAGAGCGGAUUAAAACUGGGCUCUAUUAUCGUGCGCGUGUGUGUGUGUGUUGGUGGUGACUGUGUGCGUGUAUUUGCGUGGGCCCCACAAGCGUAGCCCGAAAAAAAAGAAGUUUUUCUGUUACCAUAUUUUUUUUAUAUAAAGGGCCAAAGGGCGCAGCAUCUUGGCCAGAGCUCUUCCCCCCAAAACUCUCUUGCUAUCUCUCUCUCUCAUCUUACCCAUUGUGUGGGUUUUGCAACUACAGUUAUUGUGUAAACAGCAGGUGAAAAUAAAAAAAAAAAAAAAAAAAAAACCAAACACGUAUUAAAUAGAAUACAAGGAGUAUAAAGAGAAAGAAGCAAGAAGAAGACACCAACAGCAGCAGCAGGCAACUCCGCGCAGCUCUAAAAAGUGACGCACAGUAAAGGUUGCUAAUUACCAAAGGACACUAAACGACAUGGAGCUGGAGCCGCGUGUGGCUAUACUGCAGGACCUGCGCCUGCAGACCUUCGAUUCCAUACGAUUCGCCUCCUACCGCACCGCCUCCAAGCUGCGCUACAUACAGAAGUCGACGAAUCUCCAUCUGGUGGACAUCUGGAAUGUGAUCGAGGCGUUCCGCGAGAACGGACUCAACACCCUGGAGCCGCAGAGUGAGGUGAGCGUGGCCAGGCUGGAGACCCUUGUCUCGUCCUUGUACCACAACCUCAACAAGAGGCUGCCCACAGCCCAGCAGGUGCCGGUGGAUUCCAAGGCGGGUCUGUUGCUUAAUUGGCUCCUGGCCGCCUACACAAGUGAUAAUUCUGGAAAGAUACGGGUUUUCUCCAUUAAAGUGGCUCUGGCCACCAUGUGCUCUGGAAAGCUUGUGGACAAGCUUCGAUAUAUAUUCUCACAGAUCUCGGACGGCGCUGGCCAGCUGGUGGCCUGGAAACUGGGCGAGUUCCUGCGCGAGGUCCUGGCCCUGCCGGCGGCCGUGUACGAGUCACCCACAUUCCACUACAAGGAGGGGCUCGAGGAGGAGAUAUUUCCGGCUGAGAAUAAGGUGACGGUGAACGACUUCAUGGCCACGCUGAUGUCCGAGCCGGGUCCGUCCUGCCUCGUCUGGCUGCCGCUGGUGCACCGGCUGGCCACCGUGGAGACCAUUGUGCAUCCGACUGUCUGCUCUGUUUGCCACAAGGAAAACUUCACUGGGUUUCGUUAUCGCUGUCAGCGGUGCCACGCCUACCAGUUGUGCCAGGAGUGCUUCUGGCACGGCAAGACAUCGCUGAACCACCAAAACGAUCACGAGGUCAAGGAGUACUCGAGCUACAAGUCGCCCAGCAAACAGAUCGGUCACUCGCUGCGCAAGAGCUUCCGCUGUGUGCCCGAGAAGACGACGCAGGUCCUACCGCGCUUCCCCGACCAGCCGGAGAAGACGCUCAAUCUGUCGCACAUCGUGCCGCCCUCGCCGCUGCCCUCGCACAACGGCUUCUCGGAUCCCUCGGGCCCGGGCCUCGUACCCGGCCACCAUGGCCAUCCGCCAGGCCUCUUCGAUCGCUCCAGCACCCUCGAUUCGCGGGCCACCGGCCGUAGUCUGGACAGCGCCACCGGCACCACCAUGUCCCGUGUGGCGGCUGCCUCCGCCAACGAUGAGGAGCACCGUCUAAUUGCCCGCUAUGCUGCACGCUUGGCACAGGAAAAUCGAGCGCCCUCCAACUUGCCCGACAAUGCCACACCCAUCGGCACGGAUAACUCGCGAGCCCAACGCGAACUGAUCGCCCAACUGGAGUCCAAGAACAAGGAGAUCAUGCGGGAAAUAGCGCGACUGAGGCGCCAGCAGGAGACGGAGCAGAUGGCCCCCGAGAAUCCGGCUCUGAUCAACGAGCUGCGUGCCCUGCGGCAGCGGAAGGGAGAGCUGGAGGGUCACUUGGGAGCCCUGCAGGACUCGCGCCGUCAGCUGAUGGAGCAACUGGAGGGUCUGAUGCGAAUGCUGAAGAACCAACAGACCGCCUCGCCCCGAUCCACCCCGAACUCGAGUCCCCGGUCCGGCAAGUCCCCACCCAUGCCAGGUGGUGGAGGAGGAGGCGGAGGAGUUGGCAUACUGGGCACCUCACCGAUGAGCGCUCUCCACGCCCAGCAGAUGCAGCAAAUGCCGAUGGGCGGCGGCGGGCCGGGUGUGCGAGUCGCCCAGCAGCAACUCCUCCAGCAACAGCAGCAGGGACAUGGCCACGGAUCCUUCAGCCAGAGCCAGCUGGAGCAGCUGAACCAGAUCAGCAGCGACAUGCGGAGCGCCUUUGCCGCCAACGGGAGUGCAACGCCACCACCACUGCGCACCACCACAGCCACUGCCAAUGUCAGUGGGAUUCCCAGCCUAAAUCCGAACAUGAAUCUAAAUACGAUCUCGACUCAGAAUCAGAAUCCGAAUCCGAAUCCAAAUCAGACUCAGAAUUCGAAUCCCGGUGAUGCGGAACUCAAUGAGGCCGCCGACCAUCUAACGUCGGCCAUUUCCCACAUGGUCAGCGACCUGAAUGCAGGACGGGCAAGGGCUCCGGUCCAAGGGCAUCAGGCCGGAGGUUCCCUGCCGCAGGCGCGCUUCAUCCUGCCACUGGAGUACCGACACAUCGAGGGCGGCGAGUCCGAGGACUCGAGUCAGUGCGAGUGCAACGACUGCGAGUGCCGGGAGUACGAGGAGAUCUUCCGCACCGACGAGGAUCUCGAGUGCGAGGGAGCAGCAGCUCCCUGUCGGGACUUGUGCAGCUAUGCCCCCGAGGAGGACCACUUCGAUUAUACGUUCGGGCAGGGGGAGGAGAUGUCGCAGGUGAAUCGCAUCCUGGGCUACAGAAACUAUCCGGAACUGUUCAUCGACGAUGAGCAGGCCGGCUUCCCGGCCCUGCACGAGAUCGGUGAGACAAUCGAUGAACUGCAGCUGAUCAUGCACGCUUAUAUCAUGAAGUAUAGUUUGAAUUUGUAAAUCUUCCAAAUAUAUAUACUCUCCGAUCAGGUAAAAUAUAUCA